UGGCUGUUUCAAACGAAUUUCAUUAUUAGGAUGAAUUGUGCUAGAGGAGAGUCGUCAUACGGUGAUGGCUCGAACCAUUGCGGCCUGAAGGACGAUGAAGAUGGGAAUUUGGUAAAAUUCACAUGCUUUUUGUGCGGUCUCACCGAGAACUGCCGUUAUGGUUUGGUGGAAGUUUCGGGUCGAACACAUAAUUACCGGUACAAGGAUGAAAUGUACUACAUGUUGGAUCCAUUCCGAAAUCGAAAUACUGUGAAUGAAAGACGGCUAACUCGGACAAAGGCUAACACUUGCAGUAAGACUUCCGGGAGCAAGACUGCAAGCAUUUUGGAUAUACUCGUUUUGGGAGCGAUUUGCAGCAUAUGUGGACAGCCUGUCUGCAUUGGUGAGGAUUGUGGUGUUUUCUACGCAAAAGCCUUUUGUAUCGUGUGUAUAAAUCGAGAAAAAGCGCACUUCCCAAAAAAUUUCAUCGAGCAGAUUGACGCAACUCGUAAACAGCGUAAAUCUGAGCGGAAAGAAGUUACAGUGUUUGUUUGAUAUACAGAUUGUUCAUAUGUAUAUAUAAAUAGGCUAAACUUUCACAUCAUAAAUAUUCUCAUUCUUCUGUGACUAUGACCAUCACACCUGAUGCAGACAUUUAUCAUG